AUGAUUUCAUUCAGAGCUCUUAGAAGUGCGACUCGUGGAGCGCGCUUCUGUCGCCCGCUGCCAGUCACUACAUGUCAGAAGCGCACAUACGCUCUGAAGGAAACCCACGAUCCUCCAAAAGUGGCAUAUUUCUUGUUGGUCGGCGUGUUUGGUACGCUCGUUUUUGUGUAUGUUGCCAACAAGGUCAAUGAUCAGGAUUCAUCCAAAUCGCUGGCAAAGCGGAAGAACACAUUCACCGAAGAGGAGUGGGAACAGCAAAUGAAUCAAAUCAAGCGCAAACAGCUGUCAUUUGACAAUUCCAACAACUUUUAUCUGGUUCCCUACGGAGCGCAUAGAGAACAGAAAGUGGAACAGCUCGUAAAAGCCCUUGGCCCAAACACUGCCACCGUAGACUUGAACGAACUCAUCAAGCGGCAGAUGGAUGAUCCAAGCUCACAAUACGGCGCACUGUUAGGAAAGACUUUGGAUACAUACGAUCCUCAGCGAAACACAUGUUUCUACACCUUUACUUAUAGAUUGGCUGCUGGUGUGUUCACCAAACUUGUGAGAACAGAGAUGCAACGGCUCAAAGCAAAAGACCCCCAGAUUGAGAAUUUUGUCAUACUGAACUAUCCAAACACAAUGCCCGAGGCCGUUAAAUUCGAACAGGAUGUGGCUAUUGUCAAGAAUCUUGUUCUUUUGGACGAGAAAGAGUCAGAUGAAAACAUUGUGGACUACUUCCGUACCGUUGGUAAGGUUGUGGAUUUAGAGAAGCUAGGAAAAUAG